UGUCCAAGACUCUGGAUAUUGGGGUCAAAUACAGCAUCUAUGUCAUACUGAAAAGAUUUGAUGGCUCAACAAACUACAUUAAUUUUACCGCCGGUAAUAACGACCUACAAAAGCCAGUGAUGCAGAAUUUAGAGGUGACAAAUGGCCUUAGAGGACUCAAUCUGACGACCAUCAUACAUGUUCCAGUAAAACUCAAAGGCAAAGACAUCUGGACAAAUGUGGACAGCCUAAAUAUCCAGGGAUGCACUAGAGGGGGGGAGAAGAGCCCAAUCAUCACAGACCUGCAGCACACCUUCAAGGACAACAAGGAGCCUGAUGUGAACUGCUCCAUUGCUGUGUGUCUGGAGUUCAGGUGUACGUCAUACAUGACUAGAGACGCCCGCAGAGUUUACCAAAUCUUAGGGAACGUGAGCUCAGGAUGGAUUGAACAGACUGGACUGCGUUCUGCUUUGUUCCAUUUGGUCAGCUCUGCCACGCUGGAGUACGACAACAACAAAUACAUCUUCUACUCCUCAGACUCCUCACGCCUCGCACCUGUCGCCAGGAUUGAGACUCUUGUGGAGGUCUAUGAGGAGCCAAAUCUAACUAAGGAGAUCAUUGGUGGAGUAGUGGGUGGUCUGAUCCUAUUGGCUCUCAUGACAGCUGGCCUCGCCAAGUCGGGCUUCUUCAAGAGUCAGUACCAACAGAAACUAGUGGAGGCAGGAGCUGAAGCACAAGGAGAAGAGGAACCACCAGAAGCUGUAGCAGAAUAACAGCUGUGUGUGUUUCUGUGUGUGUGUGUGUGUGUUUGUUUCUGUGUGUGUGUGUGUGUGUGUGUGUUUGUUUCUGUGUGUGUGCAUGCGUGCGUGCGUGCCAGUUUUUGCAGGCAGUAGUGUGAAUUAGCUUAUUCUUGCACAAGCCAGAUGUAUAUUUACAUAUAGCCCAUAGUUCCCGUUACUUAUGGAUGUUGGUCUUUUGUGUUAAUAUGCUCUGGAAAAUACAGGCAGCGAUGAGAGCUUGCUUCAUUAUUACUAGCGUCUUUUUAAAACGAUUUUAUUUAGAUUUUAUUCAGCAUUGUUAUUUCUGUGAGAGAAACUGAAUGCAUUUAACAGGUGUGUAUAAUGCAUUAUCUUCUGUAACCCUGAUCAUGAGUGAGACAAGACCACUUUUACAUUUUUUUUACCUGUUUGAUGGGAUCACCGCCCAUAGAAAAGGAAACAAAUUGUCAGUCUUUGAGAGGUUCCUGGUCACAAAUGCUUAAGUGCUGUCACAUACACCAUUUUGAGACACCAUGUAGAUUAUCAUUCUCAUGAUCAGUUAAUACAGUAAUCACAUCGAUCACCCUUCAUAAUAAUGUUUUGUUACAGUACAGUAUUUACAGUUACA